AUGCAAAAUACCGGGACUCCCAUGCCAGGCGCUCCCAUGCCAGGGGUGCCCAUGCCAGGGGUUCCCAUGCCUCAUGGCGCUCCCAUGGGUUUUCAAGCUCCCAUGCAGGAUGCGUCCAUUCACACGGAUGUCCUCAGCUUUGACGCCAUGUUGGGAACCGGGGGAAACAGCAACAACAACCAGAACCACAGCGCAGGCAGUUCGGCGGCCAAUCUCGCCCACAGUGGCUUGGUCGUCGUAGAUCCGAAUCAGCCGGUACAUCGUGUUUCCUCUCGUGGAUCACUCUCGCGGUCUUCCAGCAAGAGUGGCAGUCGUCGCAGCAGUCGUCACAGUAGCCGCAGUCGCAGUGGAAGCCGAAGUCGCAGCAAUUCCAGGAGCAGUACUAAGCAACGAAAGUCGUCAAAACACAACAGAGGAGAGCCCGAACAGCCACAAAAACCUCCCACGCUCAUGCCCAUGCCCACGGACGAUGACGUCGAAGACGUGGAGGAUUUUUUCGCCUCCUUGACCGUGUCAACCAAGCCCGCUGUACUGUCAUCCUCCAGCAAGGACAAGAAGAAACAACGCACCAAAAAAUCCAGCCAAAAAGACGAAAGAAAAAGCCGUAGCAAAUCAUCGAAGUCCAAAGAAUCCUCCUCUUCCAAAUCAAAAUCCAAAGAAAACCACGACAAAUCGUUGCGCAGCAGCAGACGCCGUGGCAGUGGUGGAACACUCGAACGUCGUGGCAGCGGCGCACCACUGGAUAAACCACUCGAACGACAAGAAUCUAGUAGGCGACGCGGCAUUGAAGCGGCUGCCGAUACGUUGGCCAAUCCCAACCGCCGUCGAUUGUCCAUCUCCAACAAGGACACACCCAUGAUGGACUGCUCUUCGGCCAACCAGUCCCAUCAAUCGACGGCUCAUCGCAGUCUCCCUGGACGGACGCCCGAACCCAAGGGCCGUCGCACGUCCAUUGCCCAACGACGGGCCAGCAUGACGGAUCGUCGCACCAGUCGCAAACAUGCCGCUGCCGAACAACUGGCCGCAGAAGAAACAGAAGCCGAAUUGGCGGCGGCAUUGGCCGAAGCGGCGUUGACACCCACCAGUCGGCGCAGCGUCCGGGGAAAGCAUCGACUGAAUCGCAACGGGUCCAUCGAGGGUGCACGGCGGUCUUCUUCCAUCCGCAUCAAGAACAACAGCAAGCGACAGUUGUUGGUGGACGACCAAAAGACAUCCAACAAGACGCUCUCCACGGAAACUUCGGGAUCGUCGUCCGAACAACAACAUCAAGACACGAGCGACAAUAAUCAUCAUGCUCACACAAAAUUGGCACCCUCACGAAGAGAUCGCAACAAGGUCACAACCGCACGAUCUCGGAUUCGUCGUUAUGCCAGUGAACGCACUAUGGAAUCGCGCAAAUCGGCCAUGACCAAGGGGUCGUUGCGUCGAGGACUCGGCAGGUGCAAGUCGGAACCGACCGAAGCGUUGCACGAUAUCAUGUUUGUGGACAUUGACGAUUGUACUGUUAUUGCCGACAUUUACGACGAUAACGAUGAUGAUGACGACGACGAGGGCGUUUCGCCGUCUCCCAAGAGCGUUCGACAGCUGCAAGCCAAGGCGAAAAAGAUGCAACAAACGCAUCAGGCGGCCAAGGCAGCCAAAAAUUCGCUACUCCUCAAAUCCAACAAACCGACAUCCGCGAGAAAUAUCAUGAAAUAA